ACCGGAAACCGUGAAAGCAUGGCGCCGACCUGUUAGUUAGCAGGUUUAUGAAUUUUUUUGUUACUAUUUCGUUCUCCGUAGUUCAUAUUUAACAGAUAGCAUCACCGCGGGAUCUGCGUGUAAGUCAUCAUGUCGUGUCGGACAGUGUGUCAGACGAUUCAGCGGCGUCUGAUGUCCAGCGCAGCAGCUGCUCGUCUCUCGUCUGCAGAACUGCACAGUCAUCGAAGUGCUCUGUUCUCUAAAGAGCAGUCACGUCAGCGAUCACUGUAUCCACGCACAGAAAAGAUCGAGGUGUCACUGCAGGGGCCAGGACUACAGGGGACGCUCCUCGUCAUGAACAAAGGCGUGUCUUCUCCAUACAGCUGUGCACGCCAUCUGUCGGAGUGGCACGUGAAGAGUUCUGCUAUCGCUCUUGUUGAUGGUGAGCUCUGGCACAUGCACCAACCCUUGACCCGCUCCUGUGAUCUCACACUCCUCACCUUCAAAGACAAAGACCCUCAGAUAGCCAAUCAGGUAUACUGGCGUUCAUGUGCGGCUAUUCUCGGUCUGGUGCUCGAUGCAGCGUUUAAAGACGAAUAUAGUGUAGAACUCCUGAAGAUUCCAGAAAUACCAGUGACUGCUGGUGCAUUUUGUUGUGAUUUGGUUCUGGACCCUCGAUUAGACUCCUGGACUCCCACAGAGGAGAAUCUGCGCAGUUUGACACGUGAUGCUUUACAUCUCAUCCAGAAAGAUUUACCGUGGGAACCGCUGGAGGUUUCAGCAUCUGUAGCGCUGGAGAUCUUCUCUCACAGCAGGUUUAAACAGGAGGAAGUGGAAGAAAGAGCUGCUUACAGUCAGAGUGGAACAGUGUCAUUGUACAGGUGUGGAGAUCAUGUGAUGUUGAGUGAGGCUCCUCUGAUUGGCCGGACAGGUCUGUGCUCGCAAUAUGAGGUCACAGCCAUUCAUACGUUAGGAGAGCGAGAGCGGGGCAUCCAGCGCAGAGCUCAGGGCUUGUCACUGCCUGUCAACCUCACUGCUCAUCAUACAGUGUGGAGAAAACUACGCAGUAGAGCAGAGAAACUAGUAGAGAUUCCCUCAAUCAAGACAGCGACUCUCACAUCUGAAGCCACACCCCCUCCACCUAAGCAGUAAUCUAUUCCCUUAGCUUUCAUUAUCUGUAUUAUAUUGUUGAAUAAAUGUGUUUGCAACAUGUGGACAAGUCAUCUUUAGUAUUUUGGUCAGUGUGGUGAUGUUCUUUUAAUUUUUUUUUAUUGUCCAUAUCAAUUAAAUUAUAAAAAAAUACAUACAGGUGAAACUCGAAAAAUUAGAAUAUCGUGCAAA